UUUAAAAAAUAAUUAUUUCCAAAAAUAAAAAAUUUAUUUUAAAAUAUUCUUUUGAACACAAAAAAAAAUAUUAUCAAAUUUUUCGGAUUAUAAUAAAGGAAGCGACAAAAAGGUCAAGAAAUAAAGUAAAAUAAUUUAUCAACAAGUUUCUGAUUCGUAAGAAGAAGGAGGAACGAAAAAAAAAUUAGCAGAAAAAGAGAAAAGGAACAAAAAAAAAUUACAAAAUAACAGCACGUAAAAAUAACUGAUUUUCAACAGUCUUUCAACAAUAUCGUCUAACUAACGAAGCAACAAACGGCAACAAGAACCAGCUCAGACAGCUUUUUUUUAUUUCCACAAACGUGUGUACUGUGCAUUAAAAUUUAUAACAAGAAAUUAAAAAUAUUUCGUUUUAAAAAUUUCAAUUAAGAAUCGAAGAUAUUUGAUUGAACAUUUUUUUAUUUGUUCUUUUUUUUGCAUUUAUCGAUUAGUUGAAUAUUGAUACAAUAAAAUAAAAUGAAUAAUACUACAUGAUAAAAAUAUAAAAAUAAAUUUAAUUAAACAAAGUGAAAUUAUUUACUGAUUGUGUGAAUAUAUCUUUAUAUCGACAUACAACACAAAAAAACCACAACGAGCAAAGCAGAAAGAAAAUAGAUAGAAGAAAAAAAAAUAUAAAAAAAGAAAAGAAACAAAAUACCUUUACAGCAAAAGAGAUUAUAUUCCUGAGAAUGCAGUUGUGAUCUCAAGGUAUUUCCAAGAAAUCAAAAGUUCAGCAAAAAAAAGCAAAGUUACGAGAAAUCGUCAACACACUCGUCGAAAACAGCAGAAAAUUUAAAGGAUACCCGUUUGAUCUCCCCCCGUUUCACCAUUCUCUCGGCAAUUAAUUUACGGCUUAAGACACUCGUGUCAACAAAGCAUCAAGACAAAAUGCAGUGCGGUGUCGAAACAAUAAACGAUUGCGAAAGAUCGCCCGGGCGCACAGGAUUGCGUGUCAACUUUACCGAAAAGGGCGAAGUGAAGGAACGUCGCGAAAAAUUCCUCACGGCAAAAUACGGAUCACACCAAAUGAGUCUAAUUAGAAAACGAUUAACUGUCGAAAUGUGGUUGUACGACGAGCUACAGAAACUUUACGAUCCGCCGACUGAGGCAAUCGACGUGGAUAUUGAUACUCUUUUGGAUAUGGAUACAGAUGAAAUCAGAAAAUCUCACCUAUAUAGCUUACUAUCAGAUUGUAAGAGACCUCAACAAGAUGUUUCAUGUUUUGUUAAUGAUUUACUGCUAAAAAUACAUAAGUUAUAAGAAUUAGUUGAUCCGGGAAAAACUAUCUCAGUAUAGAUUAUAAUGAUAAUUUAAUGACAAAAUAUUAAACAAACAAAAAAUUGGAAUAAACAUUAAUUAUAUAUAUUAUCGAUAAAUUUUUAUAAUAUUAAGUGAUGACGAAUCUCUAAAAUAUGAUUUUUAGCAUACAUUCGAAAGACAAGACUUCAAUCGAAGAAUACGAGAAUGUAAUAUUUACGAAAAAUCUCUGAUCAUUGUCGUGAUUUCUAUUAUUAUUAUGGUUAAAUUAAUUACAAAAAAAAAAAUUAUAAAAGAAAAUUCAUCAUUAACGGUCUUUUCUAUUUUUAAAUAUUAUAUACAUAUAUUUAUAAAAGCAUUUUUGUACACAUAUUUAAUUUUUUACACCCACCAAAUACGAACAAAAUAUCAUUUUAAUUAAUUUUUCGCGGUUAUUAAUAAAAAAAUGAAUGAUAAGGCCAAAAAUAACUGCCAAGUUUGUUUCUGAAACUCAUUUGAUAUGUGCUUUUAUUGGGUGCUACAUUUGUAAACGAAAUGGUGCUUGUAGAUUGAAACAUUAAUAUUAUCAUAAGAAAAAAAUGAACAUAUCUUUUAUUGUUAUACAUUUUCGUUACUUUUCUAACUAUGUUUAUAUACUGAGAAAUACUGCAAAAUAACCGUGCUUAAACUGAAAACUAAAUACUAAACUAAACAAACUGAAUAAAUAAAUGAACGUCUUGAUACGUACAUUACAUUUUUUAACGAACAUACAAGAAAAAUAGUCAAUAUAUGAAAAUAAUAACCAAAACUUGAGUAAAGUAGAAGAAGAUAGGAAAAAAUAAAAGGUUUAACAGUUUUAUACAAAAAAUGAAGCAAAAUAAUAAAUAGACAGCUUUUCGUAUCAUACAAAAUAAACUAAACAAUAAUACAAAAAAUAAUCUCUCAUUAGAAACAAAAAUAGACGAAAAAGAAAAGAACCGUAAUAAUGAAUGUUUUCUCUCUUUCAUACGAACAAAAAGUAACCUUUAAGGCUUUUCAAAUAUAUAUUAUUGAAUUUGUGUAUCAUAUUAAUCUUUCUAUAUUUCAUGUUUUUUCUUGCACAUAUGAAUAAAUACUGAAAUUCCAAUUAAACUCACACAAUAACAUAAUAAAAAAAAUGAAUGUUUAGCUCCUUCACUGUUUGUUACCCUGCAUCAUCCUUAAAACUGAAAAACAUAACGAAAUUGAUUGACGAAAAGCUUUAACUUUGGAUGCAAACAUAUAUUAAGCUUUUUGAGUGUCUAGAUAAAAGAAAUCAAAAAAAAAAAAAAUAAUAUUGAUCAAUUACGAUGAUUAGGAUCGGGAAAAAUAAACUAAAUAUUAAUGAUAAAACAUAAAAAUUAAAAAAAAAAAAUAUGUGACUUCCCCCUUAUGAUGAUAAAGUAAAAUAAAAAUAAUUUUAAUUGGUUAGUUUUUAGAUAAAAAAGAAACAAAAGCAUGCAGAUUUAUUGCCGAAAGCUGAUCAUAACUCCAUAAUGAUGUAAAGUAGUGUUUAAUAACAUAAUGAA